AUGUCUGCAAGACUCGCCGCCGAGAAAUACAGUACCGUGUCAAAGGAGGAGUUUCGGAACCUAGCCUCCUCCCUGGGAUUCCAGGUGGAGCCCCGAGAUGAGGCAGAUUACCUCGAUCUCCUGCGGGCUGCCAUCGCCGACAUAGAGACGGUCCAAGCGAUGCCACCGUACCACCACCCUCUCAUCCGAACGGCCGACAGCGCAGGCGAGCGGGCCAGCACGCGACCAUCUGCGCCCGAGAACCCGUUGAACGGAUGGAGCCACAGGACCACCAUCAGACCUUCUGCGGAAGGGCUCUUAUCCGGGAGGACCAUUGCGAUCAAGGACAAUGUGUCUGUCGCAGGACUGCCCAUGACCGGCGGGACUCAACCGUAUCACCUUUCCAAGGAUAAACCAUACCCGAUUUCCAGCUUUGACGCCCCCGUCGUCACCCGCGUGCUCGAGGCUGGGGGGACCAUCACGGGCACGUCGACAUGCGAGAACUACUGCAUGUCCGCGUUGAGCUUCAGCAGCGCCACUGGGCCCGUCGACAACCCCUGGCUGAAGGGCUACGCGUGUGGAAGUAGCUCUGGGGGCGCGGCCUUGGUUGGGGUCAAAUCCGUUAGGAAGCAGAGGGAGAAGGGGGGUGGGCAAAUAGCUUCUGAUGACGACCUAGGAGAAGGGGUCGAUCUGGCCAUAGGAGGCGACCAGGGAGGCAGCAUCCGCAUGCCAGCAGCGUACAGCGGCAUCUAUGGCCUCAAGCCAACACACGGCCUGGUGCCUUACACGGGAAUCGGUGCUCUCCACCCGAUGAUCGACCACUCGGGCUGGGACGGCCUUGACCCACGCAUGACGCCCGAGACACCUCUGCGGCAGAAUGCGAGAGCCUAUCACGGAAAGCUGGACGAGGCUAUCGAGUCGCGCAAGGCAUCCGGGAGCUGGAAUCCGACGGCAGCCGCCAGUGGGCUGCGCAUAGGCCUGGUCAAAGAGGCGUGGUCCGCACCGCAACUCAGCGAGGAGGUGGCCGCCGUCGUCAAGCAGGCGGGCCAGCGUUUUGCCGCUCUCGGCGGCACAGUCGAGGAGGUGAGUAUCCCAAUGCACGACCUUGGUGCCGCAAUCUUCACGGCGGUGGUGAGGAGCGAGAUGCCGGAUGUGUUCGUCCACAACAAGCCACCGGACUGUCUGAGUUGGCCUAUAGCAGAUCUCAUGCCCCCCACUCCGGACGGAAAGUGGUUUGAGACCUUGAAUAUAUCAGCCCCGACGGUCGUGAACAAAUUCGUCACUGGCGAGUUCCUCAACCGCAACAAGGACACGUUCCCUCCCGCCGCGAGGGGGAAGGCAAUCACGCACGUGCACGAGCUGAGAGCCGCGUACGAUGCGGCGCUGGCGCAGUUCGACGUGCUCAUCACCCCGUGCAACCCGACGGUGGGCAUGAAACACCUCGGUCCUGACAUGAGCGUCGCGGAAAGGUAUGCGCUCGCGCUGGGCAACACGUGGAACACCUCUCCUUUCAACCUCACCGGCCAUCCCGGCUUGUCCGUCCCCGUAGGCUGGGGCAGGACCGAAGACGGCCAGGGCAGGCUGCCGAUUGGGAUGCAAAUGGUCGGACGCAGGUGGGAUGAGGAGACGCUGUUCCUUGCGGCGGCGGCAUGGGAGGUUGGAGGCUUGGGUCUGGACAGCUGA